AUGACGCUCAUUAGUAUUGGUGGGACCCAGCUGCUGCCGGCUUCCUUAGAGCAAAGCCCCACUCAUGCCAGCCUUUAUUUCAGUGGGGUAUGCUGGCCAUUAAUGCAAGGUCAUUGCCAGUUCCUGCUCUCAUUUCCGCCUGCCUUUCUGUGCCCCUUCUGGCUUUUGCCCAUCCUAUUGCCCAGCAGGCUGCCUUCCGUGGUCAAAGGCCAUCUCCUAUCCGCUCUCCUCACUGAGGCCACAAGUUCUUGGGGUGCUGUGGCACGACCCCCAAGCCGGCAGCUGCCCCAAGCUGACGGCUACCCUCACCAGCGGCCAGGAGGGGUGAAGCAGCAGCCUCCGGAGAAGGUGAUGGGUAACAGGGCACUGGCAUUUGAUGAAAUACCUCUCCGCAUUCUUGCUUUACAGAGAGGCCCGGUGGAGUGGGUAUGCCAAGUGCUCAAAGAAGAAAACAUUGUGUUUCCACUCGACUUCACAUUCGGAACCGCCCUUCAGCCGUCGCCGGCGUCCCGGAGCCCAGACGCAGCGUCUGAGUCGCCCGGCACCUUCUUUUCGGUCAGCGGUGAGCGUCUCGCCGCGGCGUGUCGUCCGCGCCGCUCGGCCCGUGGUCGCCCGUGCGCUCGCCCGGCCGGCCGGCCUGCGGAGCUCCCGCCCGUGUCCCCCGGCUGGUCCGGGGGUCCUGGCACCGCCUCGACGGCAGCUCUGCCGGACGCGCGGACUGGCCCUCAGCACGCACCCCGAGCUUACGGCGUCAUGAGGCACCUGCCGUACUGCUGCCGCGGCCAGGUGGUGCGGGGCUUCGGUCGCGGCCCCAAGCAGCUGGGCAUCCCUACAGCUAACUUUCCUGAACCAGUAGUAGAUAAUCUUCCAGCUGAUGCAUCCACUGGCAUAUAUUAUGGUUGGGCCAGUGUUGGAAGUGGCGACGCCCAUGAGAUGGUUGUGAGCAUAGGAUGGAACCCAUACUACAAGAAUACAAAAAAGUCCAUGGAAACUCAUAUCAUGCAUACUUUCAAAGAGGACUUCUAUGGGGAAAUUCUCAACGUGGCCAUCGUCGGCUACCUCAGACCAGAAAAGAACUUUGAUUCUUUAGAGUCACUUAUUUCAGCAAUUCAAGGUGAUAUUGAGGAAGCUAAGAAACGACUAGAUUUACCAGAACAUUUGAAACUCAAAGAAGACAAUUUCUUCCAGGUUCCUAAAAGCAAAAUAAUGAAUGGCCACUGAAGGAAAAGCAUCUUAUUUAUUCAUUCACUGUUUUCUAAUAUUUUACUGCUCAUAACUCUACAGUCUCAUCUUGGUUAUAUUUUAAAAAUCAAACA